AUGGAGUCAACAAGAACCAAUUCUCUUGUGAUCUUCCUCCUCUCCACUCUUAUCUUCUGCUUAAAUCACAACUAUGUUUCUUCUUCUUCGUCCCCAGAUCCAUCCCCUUUGUUCCCCCAACAAGCGCUACCCACAAAAUCUGGCUACCUCCCUGUCAGCCAUGCUUCCAAUUCUGCCAUUUUCUACACUUUCUACGAAGCUCAGCACCUCACUUCACCUCUAUCCCAAACCCCACUUCUCAUCUGGCUCCAAGGCGGCCCUGGCUGCUCCUCCAUGAUCGGUAACUUCUUCGAGCUCGGUCCAUGGCGCGUCACCAAAUCCCUAACUCUCAAACCGAAUCCUGCCUCGUGGAACAGAAUCUUCGGCCUACUUUUCCUCGAUAACCCAAUCGGUACCGGAUUCAGUGUGGCCUCGGACCCUCAAGAAAUCCCAAGAGACCAGAAAUCUGUUGCCAAACACCUCUUUGCUGCCAUUACUAAGUUCAUUCAACUUGAUCCUGUUUUCAAGCACCGACCAAUUUAUAUAACCGGUGAAAGCUACGCUGGGAAGUAUGUUCCUGCAAUUGGGUAUUACAUAUUACACAGGAAUUCUCGAUCGAAUGUUUCACAGAGAGUGAAUUUGGCAGGUGUGGCAAUUGGGGAUGGGCUGAUUGAUCCAGUGACACAAGUUGCUACCCAUGCUAAGAAUGCUUACUAUAUUGGAUUGAUCAAUGAGAGGCAGAAGAAUGAGGUGGAGAAGGCUCUGUCAGAGGCGAUCAGAUUGACCAAAUUGGGGAAUUGGAGUGCAGCAACAGAUGCUAGAAGCAAUGCUUUGAGUCUGUUGCAGAACAUGACUGGUUUAGCUACUUUGUAUGACUACACAAAGAAAGCUCCUUAUGAGAGUAAUUUGGUCACUGAGUUCUUGAAAUCCAGUGAGGUGAAGAAGGCACUAGGGGUGAAUGAAUCUGCUGUGUUUGAAGGUUGUAGUGAUGCUGUUCUAGCUAUAUUAUAUGAGGACUUAAUGAAGAGUGUGAAGUAUAUGGUAGAGUACUUGGUGAAGAGGACUAAGGUGCUUGUAUACCAAGGGCAAUAUGACUUGAAGUUAGGGGUGCCUCCCAGCGAGGCAUGGGUGAAGACAAUGAAAUGUGAAGGGAUUGAGAAGUAUUUGAAUGCAGAGAGAAAGAUCUGGAAAGUGAAUAAAGUUCCAGUAGGAUAUGUCCAACAAUGGGGAAGCUUCGCAAGUGUUGUCGUUUUGGGCGGUGGCCAUCUUUUGCCAGCUGAUCAACCUCUGAACUCUCAAAUGAUGAUAGAAGACUGGGUUUUGGAGAGGAAUAUGUUUGAAUAUGAGAAACAAGGAAUAGUUUCUGUGAUUUAGUUUGACGCCUUGUAGAUUUUGUCGUUGUCAUUUUAU